AAGCUCAAAGAAGAAGAAAGAAGAAGAAGAAGAAAACUGUAGCGAGUCAGAAGUUGAAAUUGUGAGCAUUGAUAACGAGAAUUUUAGCAUCUGUAUAGCAUUUAUAUAGUUAUUUAUUUCGUGUAGCCUAGGUAGUUAAUUAGCCUAGUUGUUAGUGUAGUACUGUACUGAUAGAAGCAUAGUUAGUAGUAUAGUAUUGAAUCAGUUAGGAUAGCUUCAAGUUAGCGUAGAUUUAUUUGUAUUUAGUGGUCAGGAUGGUACGUAGGUGUAUUGUUGCUGGUUGCAAUAGCACUGCUGGACUGCAUAGCUUUCCAUCAGAAUUGGGAAUUAGGCGCCAGUGGUUGCAUGCACUUGGCCUGGAUGACCGUGAGUUCCCGCCUGGAGCUAAGGUGUGCAACUUGCAUUUUACGCGGGAUCGCUUCUCCAACACAAUGGAGGUGGAAAUGGGCUUCUCCACACAGCUCGUGCUGAAACCCGACGCAGUGCCAAACGUUGUUCAUCCAUCGCAGCGGCGUAUUGAGCCUGCUAAGACCAGAGAAAUUGGGUGCCAGACUGAACCCGUCAUCUCCAAAUAUGCAGGCGUGCAGGCUAACAUAAAGCCCAUAAGGAGAAGCAAAGCCAUCCAGGCCAGAAUGCCUAACAGGAGUGUGUCGUGUGACACAGGCACACUGAUGGAGCCUUUCACAGAGUGUCCCGGGGCAACCUAUACACCAAUAAAGAGGAAAAGAUGUGAGGUGUCCACUGAUGACUCCAGCUACCAUCAGGAUAAAAGUGAGAGUGCCAUGAACAGUACAAGAGUCUCCAAUGAAGUACCACCCCAGGAGGUGACUAAGUACAUUGUAUAUGAAGAUAAACUGCUGGAGCUUUUUAGAAGAUGCCCUGUCUGCUCCCAGAGUUUGGAUGUUUCACAAACAACCAUUGGGACACUUCUCCGUGUCAAACAGCACUGUGCUUACUGUGAGUACUCCAGUGAUUGGUCAAGCCAGCCAAUGGUAAACAACAUACCAGCGGGAAACUUACAGCUCUCUGCAGCUGUUCUGUUCACUGGCUCAUCGUUUUCCCAGAUAUCGAAGUUCUUGGAUGCCUUCAAAAUCCAGGGGAUCUCUGAGCCGUGCUUCCACGAGCAUCAGGCCAAGCUCCUUAUCCCAACCAUGAACUUGCAGUGUAAAAUUGAGCAGGAUGAAGCUAUUAUAGAUGACAUUGCUGAUGGGGCUGAGACUCUUGGUGGGGACAUGAGAGCUGAGACUCUUGAUGGGGACAUAAAAGCUGAGACUCUUGGUGGGAAGAUAAAAGCUGAGACUUUUGAUGGGGACGUGAGAGCUGAGACUCUUGGUGGGGACAUGAGAGCUGAGACUCUUGAUGGGGACAUGAAAGCUGAGACUCUUGAUGGGGACAUAAAAGCUGAGACUCUUGAUGGGGACAUAAAAGCUGAGACUCUUGAUGGGGACAUGAGAGCUGAGACUCUUGAUGGGGACAUAAAAGCUGAGACUCUUUGUGGGGACUUCAAAUUUGAGACACUUGGUGGGGACAUCAAAGCUGAGACUCUUGGUGGGGACAUGAGAGCUGAGACUCUUGAUGGGGACAUGAGAGCUGAGACUCUUGAUGGGGACAUGAGAGCUGAGACUCUUGAUGGGGACAUGAGAGCUGAGACUCUUGAUGGGGACAUGAGAGCUGAGACUCUUGAUGGGGACAUGAGAGCUGAUUCAUCUGGAAUUUGACUUGAAAUUUAUGAAAUGGAACUUAAAUGAUUGAAAGACAAUAUAUGUGAAAUUACUGUUGAUUUUUAUGAAUAAAGCAAUCUAUUCACACAAAAAGAUAUCUUUACCAGAUAGGCUGAAGCUUUAGAACCAUUUACCAUGGCUAUAAGUGUGAUAUUGUUCAUAAAUAUCCAAGUAUAUCAUACAGCUUUUAUUAUUCAGGUCAAUCAUAAUCAUGAGGUGGAAAAUCUGUUUGAACGUGAUAUCUUUGUCAUAGUAACCUUUCAACGGUUAAAAUUUCCAGUCAUUGCAUCUGGUGCACACACAUUCUCUACCAGGGACAGUGAGCUGCAGUGUCCAGAGGUGCACCUGUUAAAGGGGCCAUGGCAUAAGACUUUUUUUAGAUGUCAAAUAAAUCUUUGGUGUCCCCAGAGCACAUAUGUGAAAUUUUAGCUCAAAAUACCAUAUAAAUAAUUUAUUAUAGCAUGUUAAAAUUGCCACUUGGUAGGUGUGUGUAAAAAUGUGCCGUUUUGGGUGUGUCCUUUAAAAUGCUAAUGAGCUGAUGAAAUUCAAACACUGAUCACAAUGAUGGUGGUUUGUUGCAAUUAAAACUCAAUUGUGCUUUUUUCUG